CGCAGAGCUGCUCAUAUUUCAGAAUUGACGUUUGACAAUUCGUGAGAGAACAUCACUUUGACAUGGCACCGCGGAAGGCUAAGGUACAGAAGGAGGAAGUGCAGGUGUCGCUCGGGCCGCAGGUGCGGGACGGCGAGCAUGUCUUUGGCAUUGCUCACAUCUAUGCCAGCUUCAAUGAUACUUUCGUGCACGUCACCGACUUGUGCGGACGCGAAACUAUUGCACGUGUCACUGGCGGCAUGAAGGUCAAGGCGGAUCGUGACGAGUCAUCGCCGUACGCAGCAAUGCUGGCCGCCCAGGAUGUGGCCGAGCGGUGCAAGGCUCUUGGCAUUACGGCUCUGCACAUCAAGCUGCGUGCCACAGGCGGCAACAGAACCAAGACACCCGGACCCGGUGCCCAGUCCGCGCUGCGUGCUCUGGCCCGCUCGUCCAUGAAAAUCGGCCGCAUCGAGGAUGUGACGCCCAUUCCAUCGGACUCCACGCGUCGAAAGGGCGGCCGUCGUGGUCGCCGUCUCUAAUGCGGUUCCAUAUGA